GUGAAGGCGCCAAGCAAAGCACUGAUCGGGUCUCCAGCUCUCAUAGGCUCCCCUCAGAUUGGGAUUCCUUUCCUCCGCUUGGCUUCGCCUGCAGCGCUCUCUCUUCUGGAAACUUACCGCUGGAGACGCAGCUUCGUGUGGAAGAGCGCGGAGCUUUAGCAACGGAAGACCGGACACCAUGCGUUACUUCUGGAUACCCACGGCUUGGAUCACCGGGAUCGCUUUCCUCUUUGGAUUUCAAGGCCGGAGACGCGCUUUAAGAUGCAUGUGGGGCGCAAAUCGAGUUGGAGGCAGCUGCAGGCUUCUUUUUUCAGACUGCUCUGUCUUAUCCCUACAGGAUUCCCCGUCCGGAGUGUGGAUAUGCAGCGGGCCACCGACAACAUCACCAUCCGCCAGGGCGACACGGCGAUUAUAAGGUGUUAUGUUGAUGACAAAGUGUCCAAGGUGGCCUGGCUCAAUCGAUCCAACAUCAUCUUUGCCGGUGAAGACAAGUGGUCCUUGGACCCCAGAGUAGGCCUCGUGACCAAAGGGCAGCUGGAGUACAGCCUACGCAUACAAAAGGUGGAUGUGUAUGAUGAAGGCUCGUAUACCUGCUCCAUACAAACCAAGCAGCAGCCUAAGACCUCACAGGUUUACCUCAUCGUACAAGUUCCAGCCACAAUCUACAAGGUGUCAGAAGACAUUGUCGUGAAUGAGGGCAGCAACGUGACACUCAGCUGUUUGGCAAGUGGCCGACCGGACCCUCUAAUCACCUGGCGGCUGCUCAACCCCUCAGCUGAGCCACUAGAUGGAGAGGAGUACCUAGACAUUAUCGGCAUCAUGAGAAACCAAGCGGGUCGUUACGAAUGCAAAGCCAGCAACGACGUCGCCACACCUGAUGUCAAAUAUGUCAACGUGGUUGUCAACUACCCUCCAUCAAUAAGGAAAACCCAGAGCGCUGAGCCUCCGGUGGGCCGCCUGGGAACCCUGCAGUGCGAGGCUGCGGCUGUGCCCACACCAGAGUUUGAAUGGUACAGAGACGACAAAAGGCUGUCUAAUACCCAGGGCAUCAAUAUCCAGAUUAUUGGUGGCAACACUAUCCUCAUGAUUACCAAUGUCACCGAAGAAGACUAUGGGAACUACACCUGUGUGGCCGCAAACCGUCUGGGUGUUCAGAGUGCCAGCGUUUUCCUCUAUAGACCCGGGACAGGCCGAGACAUCAACGGCUCUGCUUGUGCAUCCGUAUCACUGUGGCUCCUGUUGGCCUCCUUCGCCUGCCUUUUCUUCAAGUGUUAAUACCAUCAUGCAGCUUUCUCGUUGACCCCCACCCCAGACCGCCCCGUACCCCCCCGCCCACCCAAACCCAACCCCGUCCCUCCCCCCGCCCCCUCCUCCUGCUCUUCAGCUCUCUGACGUGCUUGUCGCUACCUUAUUACCAACGCUGCCGCCUCCCCCCCCCCUGCAGACUGUUUGCAUCACGAUACAAAAAAAAAAAGAAAAAAAAAAACUUAUGUGCUCUGGAGCAUUCUUGAGCACGGCUAACAGAUACGAUAAGAAGCGACGGGUUGUGAAGGAGUGAAAUGUUUUGGCAACACAUAAAAACAGCGGAACGAUGGACAGAACAAGCAAACAGUGCUCUUACAAAGAUUUGUGUUGUUGUUUUUCAUUUGUAUGCACUAUUUUGUGUAACAUCUAGUUUUUGGGUCCGAUUUAUUUGUUUUUUUUUUCCUUAUAGUUUUUCAUGGGGCUAAACGCAGAAGCAACCCCCUCCCCCACCCAAAAAAAAAAACCUGGGGUACCAACAAUCAGCCCUGUGGAGUACAUCUUCCUUCUUUAGAUCUAUCACAUUAGCGUCGGUUUAAUCAGCGCGUUUAUUAGCAACAUGCAGAAUAUCUGCCAAAUAUACAUAGAGGUUUGAAACUGAUGCGCAGAACUCAAAGGGAAAAUGAAGGUAUCUGAUUUUUUUUUUGUUUUUCUGGGGGGGUGUGGGGGUAAAUGAGAGCUUGGUGUUGAAUGUGUUCAAUUAUAACUCGAUGCUACUUGGCUGGAACGCAGACAGCUCGCCUCUCUUCUUGGGCCGCCGCAGUCCAUCUUAGAAAGGAGGAUGCAGUGAGUGGAUCCUUCCGAGCUAAACCAUCCUUCACGUCCUCGUCCGGUGGCUUUGCUACUCCUUGCCUUUAUUAAGAGAAAAAAAAUGAACACACACACACACACACACACACACACACACAGGAAAAAAGGAAACCCCUGUAGGUUAUGAUUAUGCGUGCUGUACAUAGUUCAAUUUUGUAUCUCUCUUAGACGAGUUUUGCCACUGUAACGCCAGGAUUUCGGAGAACAUUCUCAUAGUGCGUGCUUGUAGCUGCUGAGGUUCAGGAUCGUUCUGCUCAUACAGCAGGAGUUUAAAGGGGGGGAAACCGAAAUUAGCAAGAAACCAACGAAUGACUUACCUUUAAGAUGUGCUCUUUCUCAACAUGGAUGUGUUUCACUAUGAAACGGCUUAAGAAAAUGUUCAUAACGACAUGUAUGCUGUUGGGGUGAAUUUGUUUUCUGUCUCCGUCUCGUUGGUUUCAGUUGUCCACAUCUAUACAGCACACUUCAAGCAAAUGACCUUCUGUAUGAUACCGAACACAUUUACCGGCACCCUCGGUACAGAUGUGUAGACAGCCUGCAAAUGAAUAAAACAAGCUUUUAUUGGCGCAAAAUGAUGUUUAACACAAAAAUAAAAAUUAUAAUAAUAAUAAUAAUAAUGAGUACAUUUAUUCAGUGUGGAAAAAAAUACCAUGUUCUAAAACAGUUGUUCUUCUCUUAUAAAUAGCAUAGCCAGGGAUCUUUUGUAGUGAAACGGGCCCACAGCAUGACAGAUCCUCCACCAUACAGAACAGUGGACAGGAGCGGCUUUUUCUAAAUAAUCAUCCCCUGUUUAAAGCUGGCCCCACCCUGACUGUUUGGUGUGAAAAAGAUUCAGCUUAGGGUCGUUUGAAGGGAGCACACAGUUGCAGUCAGUUACAGAAGAGCAAACUCAUGUUUAUAUGAGUUUGUGAUGGAAAAAAAGGAAAAGCUUCUUUUUUUUUUCUUUGCAUCCCUCCCAAACAGCCAGUAGGUUUAUAGAUGACAUAUGGUUGUUUGAAGACUCGUUGCCUCUCUUUGCUACUGUUCUCCAGCAGUGAGUGUUGGAGAUUUUUUUGACACAAAAAAAAA